CCUGACUCACAGUUUUCGAUCUUGAACGACGAGCUGUUUCGUCGGUCCGCACUUUCCCGCCGACAAGCGGGUGAGCCAAACAAAACAGCCGAAGAGCGGAAGUGAAAUCGAGAGGUGAUCCAUUUUGGCCCGUUACAAGUUGCAACAACCGAGUCUAGCAAAAUGGCAGUAAACGUGUAUUCCACUAAUGUGACCUCAGAAAACCUGAGUCGACAUGACAUGUUGGCUUGGGUUAAUGACUGCCUUACUUCGUCAUUCGGCAAGAUUGAAGAGCUCUGUACUGGUGCUGCAUAUUGUCAAUUUAUGGACAUGCUCUUCCCAGGCAGUGUUCCCCUGAAGCGAGUUAAGUUCAAGACUAUGCUGGAGCACGAGUACAUUCAGAAUUUUAAGCUGCUCCAAGCAGCUUUCAAGAAAAUGUCUGUAGAUAAGAUAGUACCUAUAGAUAGGUUGGUGAAAGGACGGUUCCAAGACAACUUUGAGUUCCUGCAAUGGUUCAAAAAGUUCUUUGAUGCCAACUAUAGUGGUGGGGAAUAUGAUGCCGCUGCUCUGCGCAAUGGUGAACAGAUGGGUAAUGGUGGAUCAAAGGCUCCAAGAAAUUUCGGCAACAUCAUGCCUGCCCCCAUCAUGUCGAAGCCUCAGCCUCCAUUGUCCACAAAUUCAGCGCGGCCAAUCAUAGGAAAACCUGCGCCCAAGGCUACACCCCUGAGAGCGCCUUCCAGACCCUCUGGUGGAAUGAACCAAAGAGGGGAUGCCUCCAAGUUAGAGGAGCUAAGUAUGCAGUUGAAAGAUCUUCAAAUCACAAUUGAAGGUCUUGAAAAGGAAAGAGAUUUCUACUUUGGAAAGCUACGGAACAUUGAACUCAUGUGUCAGGACCAUGAUGGAGAAGAAGUCCCAAUCCUCAAAAAUAUUCUGGAUGUUCUAUACGCCACAGAGGAAGAUGAACAGGUAUAGGCACUAGGAUUGGGGAUGGUUUUGCUCCUCCUGAAGAGAUUGAUGGUGAUGUUCCACCACCCCCUAACGAGGAAGAAGAAUACUAAUUGAUAAGUGGCAGUUUGCUGAAGUUGCAGUUCAGUUUCCCAUGGAACAUGAUGUCUAUUCUGUUGAGCAAGUUCACAUAAAUUUUAAUGUUGUCUACUGAGUCUAUUAUGUUUUGAACACAUUUUAUUGUAAGUUUGUGUUGAUCAUAAACGGCUAUGGAUGACACAUCUGGCAGGCAGUUUUCAAUGCUUAACAUUUCACUUUAUUUAUUAAGUUGUACAUGCUCAUUGGGUGUCUUGUUUGUGCGGUCUAUGCAUGGUCAUGCAGUUGCAAACUUUGUUAGACCCUUCAUCAGCAUCCAUUUUAGAAUACUAUUUUCACUGAGAAGGAUUUCCUCUUUUUUUUUUCUUAAUGUUUUUAGAGUCAUUGUCAUUCAGAUUCAUUUGCAUAUUAGUUGCAAAUUAAAGACAUCAUUAGGCAUAAUUUAUUUUUUACAUCAUGUGUUGAAGCAGUUAAGUUGUUGGAAUUCUGUGUUUAUCUGUGGAACAUAUUUUAAUACUUUUUCCUGCUAAUCGAAGAUUCCAUUUGAGAUUUGUGGAGUACUAACAUUAUUUAACGUUUUGAGAAGUCUUGUCCUUGUCAGUGUGUUGAAGCGAUUGUGGACCCUAAAUUAACUUUUUAUGUAUCGUAUAUUUUAAAUACCCUAAAUUCCAUAUUAAAGAACUUCCCCCUCCCCAUUUAA